AUGUCGAGUACUAACGGCAAUGAUCCAUUUAUUGAGAUAUCGCGCAUUUUGCCUCUCCUUCCGUAUGGCGAUCAAUUAGAUGACUAUGCAAAUAUUGCCUCCAACGGAUUGAAGGCGUCUCUAAAGCGACUCCUUUCUUCCAGCACGUACAUGUCGCAUCUUCUUGAAUUUCCGGAUUUAAUUCACAAGUAUAUUGAGCAAUUUGGAAUGCGAUUCACUAAGAAGGAGUUGAUAGAUAUCAUUAAAUUUGGCCUCUCCAUUGCAUUCUGCCCCCAAGUGGACGACGUUAAUUGCAAUAGAUGGAAACAGUGCGUCGCACUUCUAUUGGGUCUUUCACAAAAUUUCAUCAAGAAGGAGGAACUGCAGCUGGAAUGGAAGACUUUCCAAAAUGCUUUCAUGAGAGAUUUAAAUGAGUUUGGCAUUUGCAAUUACACGUAUGAAAUCACCCCUUUGGAUUCAGAAUUGAUCGAUAAAGCAAAUAGGUAUUUUACUUCGUCAUGUGUUCAAGAAAUAUGGGAAUCUGAAAGACCACGAAUCUACACCUCACUCACUACCGAAUCAUUCCAUGGAAUCUUUGACAAUUUGCAGAGGUUUACUCCAAAUCAAUUGAGCCACUUUGAGCAAAUUAAGCAAAUUUGGUUGGGGGAAAUUUUUCAAAUGUGGUAUCAAUAUCCUACUCCCGAACUUCAUGUUGCUGUGGUGAAUCUUCUGGCAAAAUAUUCUCAACACUUUACCGGCCGAUUGGACAUGGAGCCUCAUUUGGAUCGUAUUUUCAAUUUUCUCAUCACGUUCAUUUACGAUAAGAAGACUGACAAAGUUGCAUUGUCGUCUAGUGCUGAACUGAUUAUCAAUUCCAUUGUGCCUACUUCGAUUGUGUUCAGAAUUUUGCGAAGGUUCCUCAAAGUGUGCAAUUUGAAUAUCUGCCGGGACAUGAAAGAGGCUGUAAAGGCGAAUUUUCCAUUUUUUUGCUCCCAACUGAUCUCAUCCUUCUUCAAACGACUCAACUUUGAGUUCACCUGGAUACCGGAAAUGAAGGACCAUAUCGGUGAAGUUGUUGAAUGGGUGAGACUUACAGUGGAGCAAGUGAAUGAGUUUGUGGAAAUUCUCCUGCCAAUCUGUUUUGAAGAUGAGUUCUUCCUUGCUGAUAAGGAUUGCGUCUGUGACGCAAUGCAAACAUUGGCUCUUUUGUGUCCACAAAGAGUCAUCGUACGUGUCAUAAACAGUUUAGAAGAGGCCUCCUUAACAUCUAAAAGUCCAAUUCUACUUAUGAAGUCCGUCAAAUUUCUGGCCAGUUGUUCAAACACAUUUUUUCGUCCAAGCGUCUUUCCUAUUUGGAAUAACUAUAUUGGAUUUCAACCCACUGACCAGCUUCAGAAUUUUCCUCUUGACGAUCAAACUGAAUUUCAUAUAAAGAACCCAAAACAAAGGUUUGCCUGUUUUGGUGCAAUGAUCUUCCCAGAAUUUCGAAUUCUGGUGCCAAAAGUCUUGGCUCUUUGUCUGGAGAUCCUUUGUUGGGAUCAGGAAUAUUACUUUCAUGACUGUGUUCAUAUUCUCUCUCAAAUAUUUAUGACUAUGCCAAUGAAAUACAUUUGGGGAAUAAAUUCGUCAGCGUCAAUUUCGGUAACUGAAGAUCUUAUUCUGCGAAUCUUCCGGUGUAUCUUCAAAUUAAUGGGAACACAAAGCCGGCGUUACCAAGAUUGUAUUGAGACUCCACCACCUAAAAUCAUCCACGAUUUGUCACUUCUAGCUAUCUACAUUGCAAUGUCAGCUAAUUCCAUACCCAGACUUCGCGUUCAUCUAUUCCAUGUCUUUUUAGUAAUUAUUCUACACACUCCCUGGAAUCCAGCUGUAUUCUCGAAAUUUCCUGAUAUCCUCGUUUGGCUUCUUAGUGGGCCUCGUGUUGAUUGCAUUGAUCCCUUCGAAUCCGAUACUGCACUCUACGCCCUCCGAAUAGUCUGGCCACUUUUCCUACGCCUAUAUAGGUCUUUAAAAGCUAGCAAAUCUUUUAGUCAAGAUGGUCAAGUAGAAUUAAGAUUAAUACAUCUACUGAACAUACUGCAAGCCUUCUUUGUCAUUUUCGUGCCUUCGCGCGUGGAGGAAGUGAUGUCGAAUUUCAUCAAUCCAGUGAUUGAUAUUCUGCUAGAUUUAUGCAACGCAUCUUUGGGCUAUGGUGGAAAAUGUUCGCCUUCAGUGGAUCUCGCCAAAUACGCGUCUGAGUGUCUUGGUGUGCUCCUCUACCGUCUUCUCACUAUCUCUGUGGAUUUCGAGGGAGUUGACCUUUAUAAUAGUGCGCAGUGCACGAUAGACCCUUUGUGGACACCAUUUGUUGGUUAUCAAAAGGCCAAAGAUCUAGUCAAUUGGUGCCUGCCUACGAAGAGGACAUUCACCACAGCCAAACGCAUCAUUAACAGGUUCUUAAUAUCACUACUAGAAAAAUUAGCGUGUAUUACGGAUGAAUUGAAUGCCUACGUAGAAGAUAAAAAUCUUAUAAACAUACGUGUUCCACAUAUUACGGUUAGCUCGCAACAAUCAGGCAUUACCAAUCAGCGUUUACAUCUCACUUCUCUAAUAACCUGGAUCUGCAAUAUCUGCAUCAAUAAUUUUGAGAAUCUCAAACCACGAGACAUAAGCCCCGAAAAUGUGGAUUGCGUCAACCAAAUCUGCUCAGAGUUGGAACUGCUGAGAUAUGAGAAUGCUUCUUGCCCCGAAAUUGGUUUAUCUUCCAGUGGAUUUGAACUUGGCUUUGAAUUCUUUGACUUCACUUCACCUAAGGACAAUUUCACACUGAGGGAUCGGAUCUUUCAAUGUGGCCUACGAUUUCUUGACGUCAUGGCUAAACUUUCUAUGAAAUUUGAUAUUCACAUAAGCGAUCCACCUGGUAGAAGUACGAUUGAGAAGGUCAUUGAUCCCCAACAUUUAAGAUUAUUCUUUAAAGUAGUAGUCUAUGCCGGGCUCAAUUAUGCUGAAUACACGAAAAACGAGACGCAUGAAUUCAAUACUCACCCUCAGGUCCCGAUUAAAAACUACUGUUUAGGAUUCCACAGAGACUAUAUUGAACCUGAAGAUGAGUUCCUUGGUAAAAUUGGUCCAUCAAGUGAAUUGCUGGCACAUCUAGCAAGAGGAGAAAACUCCUCUCUAAGACUCGGUGGUGAUGGAGGAAUUUAUGGUGCUUCCUACCUUCCCAUCGUCUGGUUAAUGUGCGCCAGGCGGCAACACUUUGAUUACAUCCGCAGAGCUAUUGGUCUGAAUGCCGCCUGGAAGGCUACUGAAGCUCUUUCACUGUUUGCCAACCCAAGACUUUCUGCCAAUCGGGAGCUCAAUCAACUUGUUGAGACUUCUCUUAGGAUCGCUCUGCAUUGUACCAAUUGGGACAUGGAGGAGUUUGCUAUGGAUAUCCACUAUCUCACCUCCAAUGAAGUUCCUGGGGCGACUACCUCGUUGGCACGUGUGUUUACGGACUUCAUGAAAUCCUGUUUAGAAAGUGAUAUUUUCGUCAAAAGUGGUUCUAAUUAUCGAAACUGCAUUUUCCGCCUUAAACGGGUUGUUCGGAUCAUUUCCUUACUUGUUUCAAAAACACCCUUCUCCUUUGAAUUGUACAAUGAUGACCCUAAACUAUGGUCGCAGAUGUGGGCUGCACUCCUGAAACUCUGUACGCGUUCAAAUUUCACCAAAACAUACCUCAAUAAUAAGGAGCUUCAGGAUAGAUUUAAUGAUCAAAUUGAGUUAUCUCAACUAUACUUAGAAGCGAUGUAUACUCUUGAACUACACCAAUUCACUCUCCAUUUCCAUGCGUCAUACGAACUCGAAGCACACUCAAAGAGCUCACCAUUAAGACAUCUCAUCCUCUCUGCUCAACAGUUGCUCAUAACUCUAGGCGGUUGUAAGGAGACAAUUGUGAAAUUCAGGCCACUUCUCCUAGAGAAGACAGCAAAACUUCGUCGAGAUGCCCAUAGGCACCUCAUUCAAGUAAUCGAUGAAGAGAACAUAAUGAACGACAACUUAGACUCCACUCCAACACGUCUUAUUUUCGAAUUACUGUCACUUAUUUUUCAAGCUGAUCAUUGGAAUACCUACUCCAUUAAUGCCGCAUUUCCAGAUGUAGAAUUAUUUCGCAAGGUGGCUCCUCCACCAUCCAUACCUUCUUUAAUAACCAUCAAAACGGCUCUCAAUCAUCUGUCCUCUGAUAACAAGGAGCUCUCAUUUGCAGCUUGCAAAUUUAUUGUCAAUUUUUUGCUAGACUAUUACUUGAGAGCACGAGAAAGAAAGUAUGUCUGCAUUGAUUGGAGAUCAGUUGAGAUACCGGAGAAGUGUGUAGGCCUUGAAAACGAAUGCCGAUAUGAUUGUCUUGCUUCCAAAAACUUUACCCUCAGGAAUCAUAUCUUGAGUCUGAUUGCUUCUCCCAAUUAUUUUGAACCGUCUUCUGUCUGGAUGGAUCCUUGUGCGUCUGCAGUGUUUCCUACCUUCCUUGGUUCACUCGGGAAUGUAUUACAAGUGGACUCUAGUAAUAAAGAAUGGCUAAAAUUUCGACCUGAAAUCGAUUUAUCCGAAUUAACUCCAAAGGAAAUCUUGAAUUGGCAAAAUGGAAUAAAAGUAAUUGCCGAGUAUUUUACUACACCUACUUCUUGGACCCAAAUCAGCCAAACUCUUCUCAAUUCUUCUAGUUCCACCUCAAAAGAACUCAUUAAAGCACUGAAAAUACUCAUUCAAUUUAUACUUUUGGCUUUUGGACCUUAUCCAUACUUGCAGAGGGUUGAAGAAUUCAUUAUGUCUCUCCUCCAACCUGCUCCAAAGCAAAAUACCAAAACAAGCAUUCAAAAACUUUCCGGGCCGUCUCUUGUAAAUGAGAUUCUCUACCAUGUGGCAAUUGGUUCCAGUACUUGGUCGAGAGAUAUGAAAUUAGAGCUCUAUGGGCGAGUUUUACCUCGACUGAUUUUGAAUGCCGAAUCAGCAUCACAGCAUUCUUCAAUGACUGUUAGUUUUAACACCAAUCCGCCAUCUACACUCGGUCUCAUCAACGAUUCAUCGGCACAAUCAACCAAAUGUGAUGUGGAUACUGCUGCUACGACCGAAUCCAUUUCGAGUUCUCAAGAGGAUACUGAGGAAAGUCCAGAAAAUUGUCGUCUUGCCAAUGCUAUCCGCUUUGGUGAUUGGGAAAAUGAUGAGGCCCAAUGUUCCCAAGAGGAGAAUAUUCCUGAUCAUUGCGAUCACAGUACUCAAACUUGUUCCCCAAUCUCCGAAUUCAUAAGAAAAUUUACCGUUAAAUCCAUUGAAUUUAUCUAUUUGCCCUACAUAUGGAAAUGUUUUAGCAAGCUCGCUUCAAUUGGAAAUGUAGACCUCAUUCCAGAUAUCGGAGAUGCGGAAUGUUGUCAUGGUAUGCCUGGAGGUGAUGGGAUGUGUCCAGUAUGUGUUGGUUGUCGUCUGUUUCCUCGAGUGGAUCAGCGUCGUGAUUUGAAGGAGAAAAUGAUGGUCGAGCUUUUAGCUGUAACGCAUUGGGAUGCUAUUAACCUGAUCAAUCAUUUCACGGACAUGGGGAUGGAGACGUGGGAGAAGAUGGUCUGCAGAAAUGCCUUGAGUUCUCCACAACUAGCCAUGGCAAUGUCCAACGUCUUUGCAAGGGCUGAUUUCAAUAGGAUUCGAAACACUGCUCCCCCUACAAUUCGGUUUUACGAUAAUGAUAGAGAUGAGCCUGAAUUCUCUCAACACCAAAUUGAGUCACCACUAGUGACCGAACUCAUUUAUCCCUUGUCUGAAUUUGAAGCACCAAAACUGAAAGCUAUGUCUCUCAUUGGUCCAGAUUUUAUAAUGAAGCGGUAUUUACCCCUACUGGUAAGGGAUGUGAUGGCUGAUCUUCUGCUCAAAGGUGUUCAACCUUCUGCGGCUAGUUUUGCCCUUCAAGACGAUCUCCUUUCCAAAGCACCUGAAAACAUUACACCCGCAACAGAGGAAAUAAUGAAGUUCACUCAGCAUACAAAAUUUACUUUGGAGAGGGCAAUUGCUCCUCGAAUUGGACAGAUGUUGGAAUUUCUAACAAAAAAUAUCUGGUCUGCUUAUCCCAUUAAUGCUCUUCCGAACACCUCCUUCAAUUCUGUCUUCGAUGUACUUUGCCGUUUGGCACCUCUUUUGGCAGAUUACAUCCCCAUCAUGAAAAGAGAUAAGGAUGACUACUCCAUAAGUACCCAAAUCUCAAAUCUACUCACUUCAAUCCACAAAAGCACUAUACUAGGUCACACCAAUACUGAUUUGGAAAUAACUCAAGCUGACAGAAUGUUGGAGUUCCUAGAUGCAUUUCUGUUGCAUGAAAGUCAUCAAACACGGGAAUAUGGUCUGCAAAUGAUGGAAUUGCUUAGGAUUUAUUAUUUCACAUUCUGGAAGAGGAACGAUACAGCUAAUGUCUUAAGAUACCACCUAAGGCAAAGUCUUUGCAAUCUUCUCAAAGAUUCCUCCAUCGAUGUGGCCGAGGCUGCAUUCAUGAAACUCUCCUGGGCUCUGGAAUGUGAAAUAAUUGAGUACAAUGAAGAGUGGUUCAGUGAAUUGAAAGAACAAUCUCGAGAAAUCAAUCAGAGUGAAAUGGAGGAAGAUAGGGAAGCAAUGUUGAGGAGUCACCGUGCUGGUGUUUUAGGUCUCUGUUCAAUCAUUCGGGCUAAUCCAACCCAUGUCCCAGACUACCUUCCAGAUGUGAUUGUUGAAGUAGCGAAGCAUGCCACAGAUCCUCAUCCUAUUGGCCAAAUAGUCACCACAACCUUGAAUGAAUAUUAUCAUAAGGUCUUCACAGUUCUAACGUCUGAGAAUCGAGAAAAGUUCUCUUCUAAGCAAAUUAAGCUAGAAAUACUACCUGCUCUUGUAUCGGGACCUGCGUUACUAUAUGAAUUAGUUUCUUUUACUUUGCAUCUCUUUGAAGCCAACAACGAUGGGUAUGAUGCCUUGGAAAUCGCCUUCAAAGUUCUUCUUUUCAAAAAUCUCGAUAAGUGA